AAACACAAGACAAGAAGAAGAAGAAAGAACUUCCGGUGGUCAAAGUGGAUCUUCGAAUUUGAAAACAUGGAUCCCAACAAAGUGGAUAAAGCAUCGAGUGGUGAUGGAGACAUGGCGUCCGUCAUGGGUUUCUCUGGGUUUGGUAAGAAAGCCCGCACAUUUGACCUGGAUGCCAUUUUUGAACAGACCCGUCGCACAGCCAUUGAGAGGAGUCAUCAUGUAUUAGAGGAGCGACAGAAGGAGGAGCAGAUGGAGGAGGAAGGGGAAAGCUCCAAGACAGUCAAGCCAUCAGUUCAAACUCAGAGAGAGAAAGCCACAGCUGCUACGUCCAGAAAACAGGAGAGUGAGAGCAGUAGUGACAGUGAUUCAGACUCGGACUCAGACUCAGAGCUUAUUGGGCCUCCACUGCCUCCCCAGUAUACAGCCCAGGGUGAUGAUGAUGUGCGACAGACUGGUCCACCUCACAGUGAUGAAGAUGAUGAUGAUGAAGAGGAGGCAAAAGAUGACGAUGAUGAUAAUCCAGUGAAGAAGAUUCCAGACACUCAUGAAAUCACUCUGCAGCACGGCACCAGGACAGUAUCUGCUCUUGGCUUAGACCCCUCUGGUGCCCGACUGGUGACUGGUGGCUAUGAUUAUGAUGUGCGGUUCUGGGAUUUUGCUGGGAUGGACCAGGCGCUGCAGGCCUUCAGAUCCCUCCAGCCCUGUGAGUGCCAUCAGAUUAAGACCCUGCAGUACAGCAUCACUGGUGAUGUCAUCCUGGUGGUUUCUGGCAAUGCACAGGCCAAGGUGUUGGACCGUGAUGGCUUCAAUGUCAUGGAGUGUGUGAAAGGAGACCAAUACAUUGUGGAUAUGGCCCAAACCAAGGGCCACACAGCUAUGCUGAAUAGUGGCUGCUGGCAUCCCAAGAUCAAGGAAGAAUUCAUGACCUGCUCCAAUGAUGGCACUGUGCGCACAUGGGACCUGAGCUCGGAGAAGAAGCACAAGAGUGUGUUUAAACCGCGUUCCUUCCAGGGGAAGAAGGUCAUCCCCACAUGCUGCACCUACAGCCGCGAUGGGAAGCUUAUUGCAGCAGGAUGCCAGGAUGGCACCAUCCAGAUCUGGGACAGAAACCUCAGCGUCCAUACAAAGUUCCACUGUCGGCAAGCACACAUUCCCGGAUCAGACACCUCCUGCCUCUCUUUUUCAUACGACGGCAUGACUCUAGCUUCACGCGGAGGUGAUGACACUCUGAAGACUUGGGAUAUACGCAACUUCAGAAAGCCUGUGAAUGUAGCUACUGGGCUGACCAACUACUUCACAAUGACUGACUGCUGUUUUAGCCCUGACGACAAGCUUCUUGUAACCGGGACCUCUGUGAAGAAAGAUGAGGGAAAUGGGAAGCUGGUUUUCUUUGACCGAGCUUCCUUUCAGAGAGUCUAUGAAAUAGAAGUCACCAAUGCAAGUGUCGUCAGAUGCCUGUGGCACCCGAAACUUAACCAGAUAAUGGUGGGAACUGGGAAUGGACUGGCCAAGGUCUACUAUGACCCUGUUAAAAGCCACAGAGGGGCUAAGCUGUGUGUAGUGAAGAGCCAGCGGAAAGAGAAACAAGCAGAGACGCUAACACAGGAUUACAUCAUCACACCUCAUGCCUUACCCAUGUUCAGAGAGGCCCGGCAGCGGAGUACACGAAAACAGCUGGAGAAGGACCGACUUGACCCAAAGAAAUCCCACAAACCUGAGCCUCCUGUAUCCGGACCAGGUCGUGGAGGAAGAGUAGCAGCUCAUGGUGGCACUCUGUCUUCCUUCAUUGUGAAGAACAUCGCUUUAGAUAAAACCGACGACAGUAACCCACGAGAGGCCAUCCUACGUCACGCCAAGGAAGCUUCAGAUAACCCUUACUGGGUUGCCCCGGCAUACACACAUACCCAGCCAGAGCCUGUGUUUGCAGAGGAAUCAGAGGAGGACGAGGAAGCUGACAAGGAACCAGAUUGGAAGAAACGCAAGAUCUGAGGCGCCUCAACAGCAGCUCAUUUUAUCCUGGAUAGCAGACAGGGUGGGCUGCAGUUUGUGUAUAUAUAUCUCACAGUAACCAUGAGGGCUCAGGAUCAAUCCUAAAACACUGACUUUCUGUUAGAAACUUUGCAUUGAGCAUCAAUUAAGUUACUACAAUUUACAAUCUCUGUCCUCCCUCUUGUAAUGUUUGCAUAUAUGUAUUUAUGCGCAUGCUUCUGUGUUGAGGGCUAACACAUAAAUGUGCAGGCAUUUUUACUGUGCAGGCAUAAUAUAGUUUUAUACAGUUUUAUGUCCCUCGCAUUGCAAUUCAUCAACCUCCUGAAAAAACUUGGCUUUUUAUGUCUGUUUUGAUUAUAUGGACUUUAUUUUCAUCAUUUCUAUUGUCCUCUCCUCCCACAUCUCCAGAGUUUGCUAAUGCCUCAUAAAUUGUCUCCAGAUUUUGUGGUCUGGUUGUGUUCAUCAACUAUGAAGAACAGUUUGCUAGUUGGUAAAAAGUAAAUUGCAAAGACGUACACAAACUUGCAGCCAAUUCUUUUCUUUUUUCUUUUUCUUUAAAGGUUUACACGUUUUAAAGCUGUGCAGUUUUGUUGGAUGCUAUAUACAAAACUUCAGUCAGCCCUCUGCUAAUUUAGAUUUUUUCCUUCAUACUGUAUUUCACCUUAAGACCUUUUAUAAAGGAAUUCUUGUGUCAAAUAGUGAUAUAUUUUACCCAAAGUGAAUGGUAGUGAUAGAUCUGUUUUUACCAGCUGAUCAAAGGAAUUCUUCUGCUGAAUAAGUUUUUUUUUAUGAGGCACUGGCUUAAACCUGCAGAUAUACAGUACAGUACACACAAUCCAGGCCAAAGCCAGUGUUUUGACUUACUGCUUUAAAUAAAGUUUUUACAGGCUA